UCAUAAACUGUAUUAAAAACAUAUGCACGGUAUACCUACCUAUCUGUACGUGUGUAAUAUGAAAAACGAACACUCGAAAUUGAAAGCUGAAGCUUUAAGUCUGUUCUGCGCAGAAACGUAUACCAACGCUCAUUGAUUUUUUUCAAACGAGGUUAAAAUUUCUGCAACUGAAAACAUAACGUGUUGAAGUCCUGAACAGUGAUGUUCAAGUGUCAUCGUAACCGUAGUUACAUUGUUGAACUUUCGUUUUCAAAUUUGAAAAUCUGGUUUCUUUGUUUUAGUAUAUCGAACGAUGUCUGAAACGUGAAAAGGCUCGCGAUAUUCGGUCUCAAAUAAAAUAUCUUACUGUAACCUACCUACUCGAUAUAAAUAUGAUGAAUUUUCAAAUUUAAUUUAAAAAUUACGCGAAAAUGGAUGAUCACAUAGUUAAAGAAAUUCAAAAAUCGUUUAUUCUUCAUUGGAAUUACAGAAAUUUGACGAAUUUCCCCGAAGAACUCAGAUACCAUGGUAAUCACGUAGAAGAUCUUUACUUGAAAGGAAACUUCAUCGCUCAAGUGCCGACAUGGAUCGUCGAAAUGAAGAACUUGGUCGAAUUACAUUUAUCUGGAAACAAUUUGAAUAAAUUACCCGAAGAAAUAUCGUCUUUAAAAUCAUUACAAUUAAUCGACGUUAAUCAAAACAGAAUUAAACAGUUACCGAAAUCGUUUACCGAUUUGAAACACUUGAAUCAUUUCUUCGCCGAUGAUAACCAGCUGAGUUACCUUCCGUGUGAUAUUGGACGAUUGAAGUCGUUGGCCAUUUUAUCAGUUGCCAAGAAUAAUCUCAGACAGAUACCGGAUACGAUUUCGGAAUGUGUUAGUUUACAAGAAUUAAAUUUAGAUCACAACGAAUUGAUUUGCUUGCCUAAGUCUAUCAUCUAUUUACCCAACUUGUGCUACAUUUCUUUACAAAACAACAACUUGCAGUAUUUGCCAAACAUUCCUUUCUACGCUGAACCAACAAUUCUCAUCCGUAACAACGACCUGACCUAUUUAUCAUACUCAUUCGCCAGAUACCUGAAACGUAAGCACGUUCCACCCAUCGAACAAGUCAGCGAUUGGAAUUUCCACUGCGCCAGAUUCAACUCAAGACACGAGCUCUUCAACCACACAAUAAUCCACAGCGCUUCUGAUAACACUCACGUCAUCCCUUUGCAACAAAUCUACUCUCCGGUUUCAAUAAACGUCCCAUCUUUAUACGAGAUCUCAUUACGAGUAGCCUAUCGUUUGAGUUACCACAUCAGAGAUUCUCAGCGAAUCUGUCGCGAUCGUUCAGAGAUGUUACCUAAGGUAAUCAAGAAAGAUUUCGUAUCCGGUCCGACGGCCUUAUGUGAUAGCUGUAACACAUUGUUGUAUAAUUACGCCAUAAUCAAACUCUACAGCAUUGUUCACUCUUCGACUAACAUCGAACUUGUAAAUUUCUUCUGUAAAUUAUCCUGCGCGCAGAAAUUUUCCCCCAAUUUUCGAGAGUUACCAAAUCUAUUACCUAUUGAUUGGAUUCUAUGUGAGAAAUAAAUGUUUUCUUGAUGUUUCGUUCAA